AUGUAUCGAUACAAACACAUUACGGAAUACCACAACGUCGAGCAGUAUCUGCGAGAUCUCUACCAGAUUCCUGGACUGAAGAGCACAGUGAACUGGGAUCACUUGAAAAUCAGUACGGAUAACAAAGCCGCCCACAUUACGCCGGAGGGUCCGUUUGUCGACUACGACGCAGAGCAUGGUCGUGCGGAUCAUACCUAA